AUGUCCUCCGAGUCCGCGCCCAAACUGUUCCAGCCGAUCAAAGUGGGCGACAUGACACUGGCGCAUCGCGUCGUGCUUGCGCCGCUCACGCGCUAUCGCGCCAAUGCAGCCCAUGUACACGGCGAUCUCGCAGUGGAAUACUAUGCGCAGCGCGCGAGCAUCGUUGGGACACUGCUCAUUGCAGAAGCAGCUUUCAUCUCAGCAAAGGCAGGCGGAUUCGCACAUGUCCCGGGCAUAUGGAACGAAGCCCAAAUCGCUGCUUGGAAGAAGAUUACAGAUGCUGUCCACGCGAGGGGCUCGUACAUCUACAUCCAACUUUGGGCUCUGGGGCGAGCGACGGACCUCCAGGUGUUAGAGAAGGAAGAUCCGUCAUUUCCGUAUGUCUCCGCAUCGGACAUCCAGCUGACAGGAAAACCGAAAGCCCCGCGUCCCCUGACGGAGGAGGAAAUCAAGGAAUACAUACAGAUGUAUGCGACCGCUGCUUCUAAUGCGGUCCAUGGGGCAGGAUUCGACGGCAUUGAGAUUCACGGCGCGAACGGGUAUCUACCCGAUCAGUUCUUGCAGGACGUGUCCAAUAAGCGAACAGACAAGUACGGCGGGUCGAUCGAGAAUCGCGCGAGGUUCUUGCUCGAGCUUCUCGGUGCAAUCAGCGCCAAGAUUGGCGCGCAGAAAACGGCCAUCCGUCUUAGUCCAUGGGGCGAGUUCCAAGACAUGCGUAUGGAGGACCCCGUACCAACGUUCAAGUAUGUCGUGUCCAAGAUCGCUGAGAUGCUUCCAGACUUUGCGUAUAUCCACUUUACCGAGCCUCGGGUUUCGGGUAACUUGGAUCGGUCUGUGAAGGAUGGGGAGACGAACGACUACUUCCGCAAGGUCUGGGCACCCCGACCAAUCAUCAGCGCUGGCGGGUAUACCCGCGAGACCGCUCUCGCGGCAGCCGAUGAGACGGGCGACCUCAUCGCUUUCGGCAGAGCCUACAUUUCAAACCCUGACCUUCCUCUGCGUCUGCGCAUGAACCUACCAGUCGCGAAGUAUGAUCGCGACACCUUCUACACUCCCGAGAACCCGAAGGGGUACAUUGACUACCCGUUCGCGGAUACUGCGGGGUUGUAG